AAAUGCUGUCAUUUGUCGCGAUUAUGAGUAGAGAGAUUCAUGUACUCAGUUGAAUUUAGAAGCAGCUAGAACACACACGAUUGGGCAUUGUCUUGAGUAGACGACAUUUUUUAAUACGCAAUGACUGCAAUAAGUGUCAUCGCAUUGUGCUUGCUUUUAGUUUCUGUGGGAUACACCCACUUCAAAACAAAAUAUCAAGAGACUGCCCCAGUGGAUGCUUUCGAGAUGAUAAGUUCGUUUCCGUACCUUGCCAUGGUAUACACAUCAAGCGACGACCCGGAAUUCAAGUGUGCCACGGCCACACUCACCUACCUCAAUGAACAAACCAAGGAUAGCACCUAUGUGUGGCACUUCAAGAGUCCCAUCAAUCACCACACUGUUGUAAGAACAUCGACCUUCGAUAUAUCUCAAUCGGAUAACAUAGAUCAAGUGCACUUCAUUCUGGAUGGUAACCAAUGUGAAGUCUACACUGCCUACUACAACUAUACCGACUACGAAAACUGCAUAGUAUCUAUAAUUCCGUACUAUGGAGAGAAUCUUUGUAUAUUGUGGGUGGCGCAAGAGAAGGUGAACAACAUUCCCGAGAAGUGUCUCGCUGCCCACCAUGCGACGUGUCCUGUAGAGUACAGAGCUUACGAGAGCGAUAUCUGUGACGCAUGACCAAUCGCCAGACACAUCUCUGCGAAAUCCAAGUGUUCCAGUUACCCUUCUGUCUCUGAUUGCCUUACACUUGCAGUUUAAUAAAAAUUAUGUCUCAGUCACA